ACGGUAACUGUAUUUGUGCACUUCUUAGUUGGUUGUCAUUUGUUUACGAAAUAUUAUAAUGGCAUUGCUAAAGCUGUAAAAUAAUCCGAAGAUAAUGGAGAUUUGCUGGUUUAGCUGAAAACUGUUAUUUAUAUGAUGCUACUGAUGAGUCAGAAUUUGAAACACUAGAGUUACCAAAAACAUGAGAAAUAAAAGAUAUGAGCAGAAACGUAAUAGCAUGAAUAUAAGGUACACAAAUAAAGGAAACAUGAAUAGGAUUAAUUAAUUAUGUAUUUGUAGCAUGAUUUAUUAAUUAAAUGGAAUAUGUGCGACUUUAAGAAACAGUUAGCUGAGACUUCGUGUACGACAGGAUUAUUUUUGUCUGUUUUUAAAGUCAUACCUAUAACUGUUACUGUGGCGUGUUCGAGCUUUCGUGGCUAAUUCAACAUGCCAGAAAUUUGUUCCUAAUGGUCAAUAACGGCACAUCUUUACCGGCCCGAAAUCGGCUGCCAUUGCCUUGGCUGCUUACUGUCUACUUAUUUAUAUUACUUUUGUACCUCUCUAUUAACAAACAAAGCAGCAAUCGACAAUUUUAUGUAGCCGCCUUUGAUCCUGAGAAACAGCAGUUUACACCAACAGAUCUAAUGCCACCAAGCUCUAGCCAUAACAAAAUUUGUAACAGUGUCGAUAUUCGAAAUAGUUUAGAGCACUUUGGGCAGUUGAAGGGGUGCCAAGUAGUGGAAGGCUUUGUCCAAAUACUUUUGUUCGAUAUAGUGAACGAAACUCUUCUAUCAAACAUAAGUUUUCCAGAGUUAAGAGAAAUUACAGAUUAUUUGUUACUUUACCGCGUAAUCGGUUUACGUAGUAUAGGACAACUUUUCCCAAAUUUGUCAGUGAUUCGAGGUAGGGAACUGUUUAACGGCUAUGCGUUUGUAGUUUUUGAAAUGUCAAGUCUCCAAGAGAUAGGAUUGUACUCAUUAACUGACAUAUUGCGAGGUCAAAUACGAAUCGACAAAAAUCCUUCAUUGUGUUUUAUUAAUUCGAUCGAUUGGAAUUUAAUCGCUCAUGAGAAAGGCGAUCAUUUUAUUAAAAGUACUAAACCUGAAAACGAGUGUCCUAUAUGCCCAGGGGACGACGUGAACUCUUCGGAUCUAAAUUUCCAUAUUUCUUCUUGCCCCAAGGCCAAACAUCGGGGUAGUAAUGUACCCAUCAAUAGGCGCUUGUGCUGGAAUAGGCAACAUUGUCAAAAAGUUUGCCCCCCUAAUUGUAGUGCGUGCAAUAACAGAGGUGAAUGUUGCGACAAAAAAUGUCUAGGUGGAUGCUCCGGCGAAAAACUAAACGUUUGCGAUGUUUGUAAGGAGUUUAGUAUAGAAGGCGGUAAUCACACAAGAUGUGUAACAGAAUGCCCAAAAGACAAAUAUGAGUAUAUGGAAAGACGUUGUAUAAAUAAACAAACGUGCAUCAAUUUGGAACGACCAAUGGAGUUGAAAGAAAAAAUACCUUUUGACUACCCAUUUAAAAUAUUCAAAGAUAAAUGUAUCAUUAAGUGUCCUGCUAACUAUAUGGACGACUAUAAAAACCACGAAUGUAAACUUUGCGAAGGUAGGUGUAAAAAAAUAUGCCCUGCAAGUAGAAUAGACAGUAUUUUGGCAGCUCAGCAGUUACGAGGUUGUACACAUAUCAAUGGCUCUUUAGAAAUUCAAAUAAGAGGUGGUAGAAAUGUGGUAAAUGCAUUAGAUGAAAACUUAAAUAUGAUAGAGGAAAUAGAUGGUUAUUUAAAAGUAGUUCGAUCAUUUCCGUUAGUGUCCUUUAAUUUCUUGCGGAACCUUAAAGCUAUCAAUGGUCACACAUUGGACAGUGACAAGUACGUUUUUGUUGUUCUGGACAAUCAGAAUUUGCAGGAUUUAUGGGAUUGGAAAAAUAAUCGAACUUUAAAAAUUGGCAGAGGAAAAUUAUUUUUCCAUUUCAACCCCAAACUGUGUUACUAUAAAAUUCAGGAAUUGCAACAGAAAACAAAUUUGCCCGAAUUAAAAGAACUUGAAGUGGCUUCAAAUUCAAACGGCGAUAAAAUAGCUUGUAAUGUUACUGAUUUACAAGUAAAUGUUACCACAAUUGAUAGCCAAAUGGUUUCUCUUUCGUGGGUACCUUUUAAGUUAUACGAUCAACGAAAACUGUUAGGGUACAUCGUUUAUUCAAUGGAGGCCCCUUAUAAGAACGUUACCCUAUAUGAUGGUCGAGAUGCUUGUGGAGAGGAUGGGUGGAGAGUAGAUGACGUAGGUACUCAAGACGGCAAUGACGGAUAUAUAAAACAUUCGUUGGUGGGAUUGAAACCGUUCACCCAGUAUGCUUACUAUGUAAAAACAUACACAAUAGCAACUGAACAAACAGGAGCGCAGAGUCGUAUCUAUUACUUUAAAACAUUACCAGAUGUGCCUUCACCUCCUCAUGAAAUAGAAGUCGUGAGUAAUAAGAGUGAUGCCCUCUAUAUCAAGUGGAGUCCUCCUCUCGAUCCUAAUGGUAAUGUCACUCAUUAUAUCAUAAUAGGCCAGAGAGAUAAUACCACAGAUGAUAGAGUUGAUAGAAAUUAUUGUGAAGAACCAUUGAUACCUCCUAAACCUAUUAUCAAAGUAACUCCCGACUCUGUUAAAGUAAAAUCCAAUGAUACUUGUUCCUGCGAUGGUGAUUCAAAGCAUAAAAAUAAAAAAAUUGAUCGAGAAAGAGAUGCUCAAAAUCAAAUCAGUUUUGAAGAUGAACUUCAAAAUACUGUAUAUAUAAAAAAAGACGAGCGUAAUAAAGGAAGAAAACCUAGAAGUGUUGACAUUCUUCAUAGCGGCCUUCAGCUCACAAAUUCAUCAAAUAAUUCUAAAAACGCUCCCAAUAAACAAGAUCCACAAGACUACUUUUUCUUUAACGUCACUGGUAAAACGGAUAUUUAUAUAACGAAUGUUCGUCAUUAUGCCAAUUAUUAUAUAUUUAUUAGCGCAUGUCGAGAAAAGGAGAGUGAGGAAAAUUAUGAAACCUAUUUGCUUCGUAAUUGUAGCGAAGAUGCAAUUGCAAGUGCUCGAACGGAAAAGAAACCGGGAGCUGAUAAUAUUACAAAUCUUCGCGUCACAAAUAACAGUUUGGGUAUGGUGUCACUAACAUGGGACGAGCCUGCUUAUCCUAAUGGAGUCAUAUUAACAUACAUAGUGGAAUAUAAAAGAGUGGACAAUAAAAACGCAAAUCCUGUAAGUCAGUGUAUUCUUAGAAAAGAAUUUAAGGAGAAAAAUAAUAUACAUGUAUUAACACAAUUAAGUCGGGGAAAUUACAGUGUGAGAGUUGCAGCUGUUUCUCAAGCCAGAAAUGGACAAUAUUCAGAUUUCAUUUACUUUUAUGUUGAAGAAUACACCACAACAACUCGCACAAAAAUAUUUGUAUUAGUGUUUCUCUCAGUUUUAUUGAUUUUGGGGCUGACUGGUAGCGCCUAUUUUUACUGGAAACGAAAAUAUAGUGCUUCAGUGAAAGGAAUGAAACUUAUUGCUUCAGUAAAUCCCGAAUAUAUAAGUGCUUUGUAUGAACCAGACGAAUGGGAAGUGCCGCGUAAAAAAAUAGUACUCACAGAGGAAAUAGGCCAAGGCAGUUUUGGAAUGGUUUAUAAAGGUAUCGCUAAAGAUAUUAAAGGAAAAUCUGAAAUUAAAUGUGCCGUCAAAACUGUCAACGAACAUGCAACAAACAGAGAAAGGAUAGAAUUUUUGAACGAAGCUUCAGUGAUGAAAGCAUUUGAUACAGCUCACGUGGUUCGCCUUUUGGGCGUGGUUUCACAAGGUCAGCCAACCUUAGUAAUUAUGGAACUUAUGGCAAAUGGAGACUUAAAAUCAUAUUUAAGGUCUCAUCGAGUUGAUGCAGAAAACUUUACUGGUAAACAACCUCCUACAUUAAAGAGAAUCUUGCAGAUGGCUAUAGAAAUAGCCGAUGGUAUGGCUUACUUGUCUGCCAAAAAAUUUGUACAUCGAGACCUAGCGGCUCGCAAUUGUAUGGUAGCUGAAGAUUUAACUGUAAAAAUAGGCGAUUUUGGAAUGACGAGAGAUAUUUAUGAGACUGAUUAUUAUCGAAAGGGUACAAAGGGCCUUCUUCCAGUAAGAUGGAUGGCCCCGGAGAGCUUGAAAGACGGUGUGUUUACAAGUAGCAGUGAUGUUUGGAGCUAUGGUGUAGUUUUAUGGGAAAUGGCCACUUUAGCUUCUCAACCAUAUCAAGGUCUUUCCAAUGACCAGGUUCUUAGAUAUGUAAUUGAUGGCGGAGUAAUGGAACGUCCUGAAAAUUGUCCAGACAAACUCUACACUUUAAUGCGCUUCUGUUGGCAACACAAACAAAAUAUGCGACCGACGUUUUUAGAAUUAGUUUCUCAUUUAGAAGACGAUGCUAUGCCGGAAUUUGCACAAAUUUCAUUUUAUCAUAGUUCAGCAGGAAAAGAAGCACGAAAUACUAAUACAAAUGCAUCGCUAAAUCAAGACGAUCCUUCUACUCCUUUGCAUGUAGCAAGACAGUUGAAAGACUUUUCUGUCGAAAGUUCGGAGGAUGACUCUGAAAUGGAGGAUUUGAAUGCCGAUUCUUCGGCUCAUAUGAAUUCGCCCAUCAAAUUGCCGAAUGACUAUUCUCUGCAGUCUAAUCAACAGCUGCAGUCGUCGUUAAAAGAAAACCUCGCUAUAAACGGGUUCGUCAAUGACAGAACAACAAACGGUUCUGCAAAUACACAGUGUUAGCUACUACAAAUCGAAUACAUCACUUUAUACACACAAUCCCCCUACCCCCUGUUAUUACAAUUGUGCAGUAUUCGUUAUACAGAUCUGACCAAAUAAGGCUAAAUAAGUUUUUUGUACUAUACUUAACCAAAGAUAUAUCUUCAUCCGUAUUUUUUUGAUACAGUCGAAGAGGGUCUUCCCGUCAAAAGCAAAAUGGUGUUCAUUAAUAGUUAAUGUGUACAUUGUACAUAAUUAGGUAGAUAUACAAAUACAAAUAGAAACGAGUGGUAGUAGCCUAUUAAGAAAAAAAAAACACUGUUAACGACAGCUUGUGUUGUGUCAGACUACUUUUACUUAUGCUGCUUGUUACGUACAAUUAAAAGUAUACAUCGACCGAUUUAUCAUCCUAAACUGGUUCGCAACCAAAAACAUUGCUAACCGCAAAUAAAUACAUAUAGUUUUUAAAAUUUUUAAUAUAUAACGGUGUGAGUGAUUAAAAAAAAAAAA